AUGUCGAUCGGCAAAGUGAGUGAAUUCAACGUCAAAACGGGAAACUGGACUUUAUAUGUUGAGAGACUAGAAAUGUACCUUAAGGUAAAUGCAGUGAAAAACGAAAUGUGGUUGCCGACAUUAAUCGCCGGUAUGGGAGACGAAGCGUACGAAUUAUUAAGUAAUUUAACAAGUCCGAUUAAACCGGGAGAUAAAUCGUAUCAAGAAGUGGUAAAAAUACUUCAGGAACAUCUUCAACCGAAACCCUCGUUCAUGGCGGAGCGAUAUCGUUUUCGACAAAGGCAGUUGAGCGGAGAAACGAUUCCGCAGUAUAUAACCGAACUUAAGAAAUUGUCGAAAUACUGCGAGUUUCAUUCAACUCUAGAGGACAAUUUAAGGGAUCAAUUGGUGUGUGGGCUAAGAAGUGAUGUCAUCCGUCAACGAUUAUUCGCAGAAGAUAAUCUGAAAUAUUCCGUAGCUGUGAGAAUAGCUUGCGCUUUAGAGGCGGCGGAGCGGGAUUCGGCCGCGGUGGAGCAGGCGGGCGACGGCGACGGGCUCGGCGGUAGCGGCGCGGACAGCGCCUUGCAUGCGGUGACGUCAUCGACAAGCCGCGCUCGAACGCGGGAGCAGGACAGCGCACCGAGGGCUUUUAAAGGUCGAGAACAUGGCGGCGGCAAUGCGCUAUAUUGUAGCGCGUGCGGGUCGAGGUACCACCGAAGUGAUGAUUGCCGCUAUAAGAAAUUCGUGUGUGGUAAAUGCAAACAGAGCGGUCAUCUACGCCGGGUAUGUCCCAAACGAGGGGGGUACACGGGAAAUGCGGGCUCCCGACGCCACAUGUACCAUGUGGAGGCGGCAGAGUGCGAGACACCGUCAGCGGACGACGAGCCACCAUCCGUGGAAAGUCAAACGGAGUUACAGGAGGAUCUACACCAUCUAUGUUUAAAUAGCUAUAAACCGGUGAGCCUAACAUUAUUAUUAGACGGAUUUAAACUUAAUAUGGAAAUUGAUACCGGGUCGGCAGUGUCUUGUAUAAGUAAAGCGACUUAUAAUAAAUAUUUUUACACUAGACCUAUGGACAAGUUCGAUCUGGUUCUAAAAUUUUAUGAUGGAAGUCGAAUCAAACCUUUAGGCAUCAUCAAGCCCGAAGUUAGAUAUGGAAAUAUAACAAAGCACUUAGAACUGUUUGUAAUAGAUGGGGGCACGACUUCAUUGUUGGGUAGACAGUGGCUGUCGGAACUGCAGAUUAAAAUUCCGACAUUCCACAGCAUGGUGCUGGAUGACCAUUUUAGUAACAAUAAUUUGUCAUUAUUACUCGACAGAUAUAACAAGUUGUUUUCCGGCGGCUUGGGGCGGUUCGCGGGCGGCAAGGCGACGCUGCGAGUCCGGGAAGGGGCGACACCGGUGUUCUGCCGCGCACGACCUUUGCCCUACGCGCUCAAGGACCGCGUGGAUGCUGAGCUGGAUGCGAUGCUUCGGGAGGGGGUUAUUGAACCCGUGGAGAGCUCUGACUGGGCUACACCUCUGGUGCCGGUACGUAAGGCGGAUGGAGGGCUCCGAAUUUGUGCAGACUAUAAAGUGACACUGAACCCCGUAUUGCUGGUCGAUAGAUUUCCCUUGCCUAGGAUUAAUGAUUUGUUAGUAGGUAUGAAUGGCGCUAAAAUAUUCUCUAAAAUCGAUCUGUCACAAGCCUACAAUCAGAUCGAACUAGAUAACUCUAAAAACCUUACCGUUAUAAAUACACAUAGGGGCUUAUUUACGUAUAACAGGCUAGUAUAA